UGUCAGCUUUAAGCACCGCCGCACAUUCCAGGACACGCUUAUAAGCGUUCUGCUCCAAGAGCGAACAAGUUUCCAAAACUUUACACCCACCCAGGAGGAAGCAGAAGUUUCACCGCUGGUCUGAGGAAGAACCCACAAACAGAAAAAUGCCAGGUGAGCGGUUAACGGUAAGAGGCACAUCGGAGAUCGGGCGUUUCCCCGGGGCAGCCCCACCCACCAGGGUGGAGGUCACCAUCCAGAAGGAGGGGGAGAAGAAGCAGGAGGAUGGAGGCUGCCGUCGAUGGCUCAGGAAGAUGUGUCCGUGUUGUUGUAAGCGCCAGAACAGCACGUCCUACGAUGUCACAGAUAAGGUGGAAAUGACCAAACCUGUGACCCCGGCCCCGGCCGCUUCCACGGGCCCCGCUCCGGAACCCACGAAGCCCAAGCCUGAGAACGGAGAAGCAAAGGAUAUGGAAGAACAUAAGUUGUCUGUCCUAUCCGUGGACCUCCUGAGCACCCAGACUGGUCAGAACAGAGUGGAGAAUCACACUGAUCAGUUUCACGGGGAUGAGCUGAUCAUUCGCAGGGGACAGACCUUCCAAAUCGAGCUGGAGCUCAGCCGGCCUUUCAAUGCUGACACUGAUAAGAUGCACCUGGAACUGAAAACAGGUCCUUUGCCGAUGGUGUCCAAAGGGACCCACGUCAUCAUCCCGCUGGUGGAGCACCUGGAGGAUGAGCGCUGGGAGGCCAAGAUCAUCAAGCAGGAGGGCAGCAAGAUCAGGCUGUCGGUCAACUCCCCGGCCAGCGCCGUCAUCGGCCUGUACGGACUCACCGUGACCACGCGCUCGCUGAAGGCUGACUCAGCGACCACGCAUAACUCCAGCAAGAACGUCGUCAUGCUCUUCAACCCCUGGUGUGAAGAGGACACGGUGUUCCUGGAUGAUGAGGAGCAGAGGAAGGAGUACGUACUGAAUGACACCGGGCGGAUCUAUUACGGCACAGAGAAACAAAUCGGAGCGCGCACGUGGAACUUUGGGCAGUUCCAUGAAGGAAUCCUGGAAGCAUGCCUUUUCAUCCUGGAGAAGAGUGACAUUCCCCCAUCUGGUCGUGGGGAUCCUGUCAAUGUGGUCAGAGUCAUCUCUGCCAUGAUAAACGCGCAGGAUGACUUUGGCGUUCUGGUUGGGAACUGGUCAGGGGACUACUCUGACGGCACCUCUCCCGCAGCCUGGAGCAGCAGCGUGGAGAUCCUGAGGAAAUACCACUCCUCUAAUGGAACACCUGUGUGUUAUGGACAGUGCUGGGUCUUCUCUGGGAUCACUACAACAGUUCUGCGCUGUCUUGGCAUCCCAGCCCGCAGUGUGACCAACUUCCAGUCUGCCCACGACACUGACGUGUCCCUGUCCACAGACGUGUAUUUCGAUGAGGACAUGCAGCCAAUUGACUACCUCAACAGCGACUCUAUUUGGAAUUUCCAUGUUUGGAAUGAUUGCUGGAUGGCCAGACCAGACCUGCCUCCUGGUUAUGGGGGUUGGCAGGCUGUAGACUCCACGCCCCAGGAGACCAGCCAGGGCACCUUCCGCUGCGGCCCGGCCUCCGUAAACGCCAUCCGCUCCGGUCAGGUCUUCCUCAAACACGACACGCCCUUCGUCUUUGCCGAGGUCAACAGUGACAAAAUCUACUGGCAGAAGAACCUGGAUGGUACGUUCAAACAGAUCCACAGUGAAAAGAAAGCUGUGGGCCACUGCAUUAGCACCAAAGCAGUGGGCUCUGAGACACGGGAGGACAUCACCCACCUCUACAAACAUCAAGAAGAGUCAGAGGAGGAACGUAUUGCCGUGGAGACCGCCAGUCGCUAUGGCAGCAAGCCGUACAUAUACUCUGCCCCUGCAGCAGAGGAUGUGAGUGUGGAGGUUAGAAUGGAGGGCGAGGGACCCAGGAUGGGCAACGACGCCCAGCUGAGCAUUCUGGUGAAGAACCUGAGCUCCCAGCCCCGCCGGGCCACCCUCCACAGCCAGGUGGCCGUCAUGUACUACACCGGGGUGCUGAGGAAUGCCAUCAAGAAGGACCAGAUCCCUGUGGACCUCUUACCCAAUGAAGAAAAGACCAUUGACUGGGUGCUGCCAUACCAGCAGUACCAGGACCAGUUGGUGGACCAGGCGGCGCUGAUGCUAACGCUCUCUGGAAGAGUCACCGAGACACAGCAAGUGUUAGCCAACCAGACAACCUUCAGGCUCCGCACGCCCGACCUGAGCAUCAAGCCUCUGGGAGAUGCUGUGGUUGGGAAGGAAAUGGCCGCCAAGAUUACAUUCACCAACCCGCUGCCACGCACUCUGAAGGAUGUGGUGUUCAGAGUGGAAGGCUUGGGUCUUCAGAAGGGCCAUGAAGUGGUCGUCGGAGAUGUUGGCGGUCACUCAACAGUGACACUGACCGAGCACUUCGUUCCCAGCCAGCCGGGACCCAGGAAGCUUGUGGCUUCGCUGGAUUGUAAACAGCUCACACACGUGCACGGAGUGGCGGACAUUGUUGUCACUCAGCAAUAAGAAAAAGAGGGUUUAGAUCAGCUCACAUCAGUUUUUUUCA